GCCAUGAAUGGUUUGUGACGUCAUUCUCCCAGAAUGCUCGGCAGGCAGUCGGCGCGGCGGUGAGCGGUCCAGGCCCGAACUCUGCCGAACAACGUCCAACUUCUCCCACAAUGUCAACAAGGAGCCGGAUUCCGGGCCGGACAGACCGCAGCAGGUCUGGAAAACCGUUCCAAGCCUUUGUGAAACAGGCGUUCAGCAACACUGAAUACUAAAACAUCCUCUGACUCAGCCACAGCUUCUAAAUCUUCUCCUCACCGCAGCCCUUUUGGGGUUGCUAUGGCAGCUGUUGUCACGGAAACCAAGUUGUGGACACAGGCUUGCCCCAGUAAGACCGGACAAACCACUAGUCAUUGGCUGAAGAGACCUUCGAACACUUGACACGCGGCACUUAGCACCAGUGGAGCCGCUCUGUGGAACCAGGCCGACAUCUGCAGGCUGAUGGUGAACUUUCUGCAAAAACCUGAUGAAUCUCGUCUGUGUUGGGCUUUUGGCCAGUGUCCCUGUGCACCCGCCAAGCCAACACUGAUCCUUGUGCAAGACUAUGUUCCAUCAGCAGGAGCAUUUGAAGAGUCAACAGCAGGAGUGCAACUUGGCCAGCCGGCAGCUCCUCCACUGCCAGCAGUGUGGGAAACAGUACAACACCCAGCUGGGUUACAGGCGUCACUUAGUGGCAGCACACAGUACUGCAGCAAGUCUGGCCUGCCCAGAGGGUGCACCAUCUCUGCUGGAGCACCUGGCCAGUCACACUGACAGGCCUUUGCCAUCUGAGGACAACAAUGUGCCAGUUAGGGAGAGGAAAUACUCUUGCGAGCGGUGUGACCGCCGUUUUUACACAAGGAAGGAUGUGCGUCGCCAUGCUGUGGUGCAUACGGGUCGCCGUGACUUCCUGUGCCCACACUGUGCGCAGCGUUUUGGCCGGAGAGACCAUCUGACACGCCACUUGAAAAAGAGCCAUGCCCAGGAAUCUGUAUCGAUGCCACCCACUACCACGAGUGUUGCUCUGCCUACACCUUCAAGCCAGUGCCUUGGAAAGGAAGAGCCCAGCCCUGUGAACUCUGACAUGGGGGCCAUCUCCAAAGAGCCAUCUGAGCCCUUUUCUAGGGACAUAUACAACUCCUACCCCAUGACCGGUCCUGUUCCAGGGGUAGGCCACUCUCCUAGCCUCAUGCAGGGCUCAUUGUCCUCAAACAUAAGUGUGGCUCGCCACAUGCCCACACCGUCUCCUCAUCACCAUCAUUUACAGCCACCGGCACCACUACAGCAGCAGCACUACAGUAACAUGACCAGGUUCCAGCAUGGUUCUACCUCAUAUCCUCGUGCUGAUGUGGACAGUUUUCUCCUGGACCUGCAGAGUGCUCCACCUCCUUCCCUUACUGCCAUUGGCUCAUCUACAUCUGCAUCCGCCUCCCCUCAGAGGGAGGUGUUGGCUGAAGGGUUGGGUGCCAGUGGUGACCCUGCCCUACUUUCUAGGAGCCCUGCUCCAACCUCAGCAGAGCUGUCCUGCACCACUAAUAUGGACCUUGGCCAUCUGCUGGGUUUCUUGCCUUUCGGUCUGCCAGCCUACAGCACCCACAUGGGGAUGGGAGGGUUAGUUAUGAGCUAUCCAUCCACCGCCGCCACCACCACCACCUCCUCCUCCUCAUCCUCCUCCUCAGGCACAUCAGUGGCACUGCCCUCCCAGGGUCCAGGGCCUUUUGCCUUUUUCCAGCCUGCACAGGCUCACAUAUCCCAGAGUUCAGGAGUCCACACCCACAGCCAGCUACCUCAGGCAUACAAUAGUCCUGCUAUGAGCACUUCCAGCUCCCUACCUCACUACUACCAGGCUUUCCAGCAGUAAGCAGCUGUCUUCCUGAAAAUGUUGGCUUCACAUGCAGUUGCCAUGAAAAGGUUAAGCUUGAGUGACGUCUUUGGAAACGAAUAGUUAAAAUAAGCUUGCUCAUGAUGACGUUACUGUUAGUUAUCUUUUGUCAAACACAACCAGUCACCUCAUCAGUGCUGCCUCAUGAUUUGAAGCACUGACCCUGACUAAUGGCUGUCUGGAAGACCUGCAGUUCCCAGUUCUCCUGCUGAAGGCGAGGUGUUCUUACCCUGCUGUAGGGGUUAGCACUCUGGACACUGAGUUCAGAUCCUGGUACAGCCUUUAUUUGUGUGCACACCAUUCUCACGGGGUUAGCCUCCGUUUUUCAGACCUGCUGGUGCCUUAAUUAGGAGCUCAGGGGACAGUGAGGUGUUACUGACACAGUAAGGUGUAUGAAUCCAGUUCUGAUCUGCCUGAGAAUUCUUGUGAAAUGGGACAUGACAGGUGCUGGUGCUGAUUGUGCUGCUCUAAAGACAUCACGGUUAUGUGAGGAUGGCUCCCAGAUGUGUAAGGAUCAGGACUUUGACACGGCCAGCUCCCAUGAUUACAGCCUCUCGAACAAAGGAAGGAAGCAUAUUUAGGUGGAACUUUUUAUGACCAAAAUCCAGUACUUGUUUGAUUGGACCUGUUCCAAACAGUCAUGGCACUUUGUUCACUUUUACCACAUAGUUCUGAGAUAUGUCAGGAAAUGUUGGAGUUGCAGGAAGACUGAGGGAGUGAGGGAAGUUUAAAAUGCACUCUUAUGAAUAAGUGACUUGAUUUUGGUUUUGAGGCCAGCUUCAGUUCCUCAUAAUGUCAAGUAAAGACCAGGGAUGUCUGGUUUACACCUGUUUAGCCUGGCAGCAUGAAGAGGCUGUUUGUUGACCCUCGUCUUGGUUCCUUCACAUGGCUCUUCAGGAGGUGGGACAGGCUGAAGGGUCUUUUUCUGUUGAUGCCCAGCCUUUGAGUUCAGUUUACAAACGCAGAAUUACUGAAGUAGAUUUCCUCCUGGCUGCUACAAAAACAGCAUUUAGAAAUUGUAAUCUGGUUAUUGAACGUAUAGCGGCACAGACACCCCAGAUAGUCUGUUUCAAGGCAUGUGACCGGGAACGGUGGCUCUGCCUGAAGCAGCUCGUCCGCUACAGCAAGUGAAGCUAGUCUAUCAGCACUUAACACAUUUCUCUCCCUAAUUCGGCCGUAUGACCUUUAGGCUCUUAAAGUUUUCUUUUAAACAUGAUCAUAUUUCUACAGUGUGCUCGUGACAUUGGUCAAACUUUAAGAGGCUUUUUGACUUCUUUGUAGCGAGCACUGCAGGUUGUGUUUGUACAUCAAUCUGUCAAAGCCUUGACUGGGCUUUGGCCAGAUUUAGAGCCGCUAGUCACCCUGGAAAUGCUCUGUAUGCUCCAGUGGGCCCACUAGUUAGGGCUGAGGAGAAACCAUCUCCAUGCCCCCAGUUUCACUAUGACCCAGUGACUGAUCAGGUCUGUAUCAGUUCAGACCAAAACACUGCAGUCUUUCCCCUCGGGGAGUGCUGCCGGUGAGACUAGAAACCAUGGAAGAUUUCAGUUGUGGUGAUGUACAGAUGCUUCAUCACCUUCUUCUCACUGAAAUUUGUUGUCUUGGAGCUGAUCAGUACUCGGAAAACUGCUACUGUAGGUGUCCAGCUUCCCAGCAGGAGGAUCAGCCUUAGACAAAGAUCCACCAGGUCGGCACGUCCGGCUGAGCGCUCCGGUGGCCAGACUGAGUGGGUUGUCUGCUUGGGUCAGUCGCUGUUUCUCCUGCCGGACAUCUGCCUUCCCCUAAAGCUGCUCCUCCACCAACCUUCAGCCUUAAGGCUGGUAGAGGAGCAGCUGAAGCGCCGCCGCAGUCCUUCAGCAGUUCUGUCGGGGGGCAUCUCCGUAAGAAGCAGCGGUGUUUGUAAUUUAUUUUUAAUAAAUGUGCAUAUCGACAGUGUUGUGAAGAAAAAAAAAAAGUUAUUUUAUGAUAUGAAGACAUGAAGCAGAAUGUUCCGUUGAUGUUUUAAGGAAAAGGCCUGAGGGUCUGAAUGAGCACUUGGACGUGGUUCCUAAAGGCCACCGUCAGCGGAACUGUGACGUUUGUCCAGACCAGCAGGUGUUCUGCUCCAGGAUAUGAAGAAGCAGGCAGGAGGCUGAGGAUGUGAAGACAUCCUGGAAGCACUUAGGCCUGGGGGAGGGGGGGUAUUUUGAGUAUUUUCGGUUUUGGGGCGUGUUACUGUGAGUGCUGUCUGCACUGAAUCCGACUUUAUUUCGUGGGAUUUCUGUUUCAAUAUUUUGAGAUGCAUCCAAUGUGUAUUAUUAUUGUUUAUAGCAGCAGUCAUUAAAUUUCCGUAGUUAAAUUCUGUUGCCUUUCAAGUGGCGGGUCACGGCCGUCUGUCAGGUCUGCGUCCUUCAUCACUUGGGGUCCGGUCAGAUCGUUGGUUCAACCGCAUCAGAAAGAUGUUUUCCAGACAAACAGGCAUCUAAUUUCACAUUUUGGAUAAAAAAAUUAAAAAACCUCAGAUUCCAGUCAGAAUUUUAAGGAGCCAGUAAGUGACUAACUCCCGAUGUUUUCACUUCCCAAGGUGAAAUCUCAGUAGGUGAAAGUGUCUCUUCCUCCCACGGGUUUUAUUUGUUUAUUAAUAAAUAGAUUACAAAAUGUGAAUAGAAAUGUUAUGACAUUGAGGAAAAAAGUGAUGAAUAAGAAAAGGUUAAAGAUGAAUUUUAUUUGUUUAAUUUGUAUUUUUGUCUCUGUUGCUGCUCUCGAGGUGCUUUUCUGCGCUGAUCACGAAUACAUUUUAGUCCAACUGCAGAUCAUUAUCAUCUUUGAUGGACUUUAAAGCCUAUGUGUCCCUGCCCCCCCCCCCCCCAAAAUUUAACUCCAGACACCAUGAAAAACCAUGUCAAUAUAAAAGGAGGCUGGGCCCUAUGUGGCCUGCAGGGCGCCGGUUAGAAACCCUGAGUCAGGCUCGGCACAGCAACAAGCUUCUGCUGUCUGACAAAUGUGUAAAAUCACAACAUUUUAAGUUGAUUUAUUUUUUUUAUUUUUUAUUUUUUUUUAAUGAAUGUGGAUUUAGCAGUGCAGAUGUUUGGUGUGAACAGGAUCUAUUGAGGAUUUUAACAGAUCGUGUUAACAGAGUUUUAACUACCAAUGCGUCAUGAGAAUGGAGAGCGUUUUACGAACAAAUAUCUGCAGAGUCAAUAUAUGGGGGGUAUUACGUCCAAAUGUGGGGCGCUACUUGUCGAAAUCUGUAGUAGAUGUCAGAUUUUGACAUCUGCCUUCUGUAAGCUUGCUCAUACAAUAGUCCUACCUCACUACUACCAGGCUUUCCAGCAGUUAUAUAGUUAGCACUAUAUAAGUUAUAAGUUAAACUAUAACUUGCAUAGUUAGCAGACACAGCUAACUAUAUGUUAGCUAUGUCUGUUAACUUCCAUUGAUGCGGACGGCAGUGAGUGUGUGUGUAACGUACUGGCUGACUGCUUGGUUACAGCAAAAACGGCAGCUUGAGAAGCCACCGCCGUAACGGCACGGCGCCUUUCAGAAGUACUCUGAAGCGCUAAAACCUCAGUCCUCCAGUAAAAGGAAAAAUCCAGGUGGCUGGGUGGUGAUGUGUUUGGAAUGUACUGCCCAGCUCCGGCGUCACAGGUUUAUAACAGGGUUUGUUUGUUUUGUUUUUUUAAGGUGGUAGGGUUACCGGAAAGGAUAAUUUUUUUUUUUUCUCGUAGACCUUCCGUCAGCCGGAGGCGUCGGACUGUGGUCUGCUCUAAGUUUCUACCUCUAUGUUCGGUUGUGUCAUGUGGUGUCAGAAGAUGUCUGCAUUUUAACCCCGUUUGUCACAGCUGGUUGUGUAAAACAUGUUUGUGUAUUUUGGUAAUAUUUCUACUUUAUUACUACCUCAGAGACGACACAGGUUUGUUUACUUGAACAAACUCACCACAGUCACCAAACAGUGUGUGUCGGUUUUAUUUUAGCUCUUGUAUUUUGUCUGAAUGACGGUUGGUCCUUAUUCUGCAGAAUUUUCAGUUCUAGUUGAUGAGACAGAUACUGUGUAAAAUAUUGUUUGUAUAAAUUUUAAUUUUUAUAGGUAGCUCAAAAGCAUUAAAAUGUUGCUAUUUUCACAUUAAAUAAUGCUUGGGAACAAAAAGCAUGAAAAUCACCUGUGGAGGCCGUGUUGAAUUUCUAAGUGAGUGGCCAGCGGAUUCAUCGGGACUUUGGAUCUGUUGUUGAGGGCGGGUUGGGGCACCAUUCAGCUUUUUUUUGUGUAGCACUGUGCAGUGUCCUGAGAGGCUGAUCAACCCGCACAGUGAGCGCACAGAGGGGCUGACACACGGUCUGAUGGAUGAUCUUAACUUCUGUGCAGAUGUGGUCUCCCCAACAGACUGUCGUCUGCUGUUACCCCAAUAAGAAACCAUGGGUAACGCAGGAAGUCAAAGGUGUCCUCAGCAAGAAGAAGCCUAGUGAGGGACUUUGCUGCCUGGUGCCACACAAACCAUCUACAGCUCAACACCUCAAUGACAAAGGAGCUGGUCAAUGACUUUGGGAAGUUCAGACCAAGACCGCGACGCUGAGGUGGCAGCUGCAGAUUCCUACAAGUACCUCGGGCUGUGGCUGGACAGCAAACUGGACUGGACGACCCACAGCAACCACCUGUACAGGAAGGGACAGAGCAGGCUGGAC